AAUGUCGGUUUUGGCAAUCACAUGGUUUCCAACUACCAAACGAGUUUGUGGAAGAUCGUACUCCUUCUCAUCACAACUUGAUCAAUAAAUGCAGGCGAAGGUGCCCAUAUGAUUAAAUUUUGAUAAAAUUCAUAACUUUUGGGAAAUUAUUGGUUUAACAAAAUUCGGAAAGCAAGCCAUACCUAAUAUAGUGAUAAUCUCGUAAUGUUUAAAUCCUACUUUCUCAGAUAGUAGUUCGCUAUUUUUUUUAAUUAAUUUUAAGUUUUUGAUUCGGGUACUGUGGAGCUCGAAUUUGGCUCAUCAAGCUGUUUGUAUUUUUUCUUUCUGUUCAUAUGAAUUACUAUGGAGCAGUUUUGUUUUAUCCAUGCUUGAUUAUGGACUAGGACUACUGUUUGUUUAGUAAUGGAGAGCAGCCAAACCCCAUUAUAUAAAUAUAAAUAUGUAUAUUUUCUCAUCCAACGGUGAAUCGACGAGACAUCUUUGCUCAAAUGUCAAACGCGAGCUUAUCUGUUGAUUUAUUCAUGGGUGCGGUGAGGAUUAUCUGUUUUAGUACUCAAAUAUAAUUGCGCGUGUGAGUGGAGUAGGACCCACUUGCCCAAUCCAGCCGAGCUUAUUCAUGGAGCAAGAAAGACACUUACUAAAGUGGCAGACAGUUGUAAAAGAAAAAAAAAAAAAAACUCUUUAAGGCAAUUUGAUUGGCAAAAAACAGUUGGUGUUAUUUUGAAAAUGAUGUUGCACUGUAAGUUUUUAGUUCUUCAUAUUUAUGCCUUUGAAUUGGACAUACAGAGGUGUUGCAGUUUAGGCAUUUAAAAGAGAAGGAAUUAGAGAGAAAAGAGAGCAAACAGUUUUUUGUGUUUGUUUGUUAUCUGUGUGUUUGAUCAUACAGAAAGAAGGGGGGAGAGAGGAGGAUAAGAAGUUUGAGUUGAUCUGGUGGUGGAAUCCUUAUUCUCAGUUUGAAUGAAACCUGCUCUCCUAUCAGAAAAGAUGUGAAACUUUGAGUUUGAUUGUAGCAUCUUGUUUGCUGAAAUGAUACAUUAAUUGUAGAAAAGCAUGGAAUUUGCAACUCUUCUCAGCAUGAUUUCUUCAUUUUCUUUCUUCUGCAGUCCGUUUUAUGUGUUUUGGUUUUGUAGUUGAAUUGGUGCCAAAGGAUUCAUGUACCAUUUCCCUGUGUAAUACUUUUAUAAGUCUAUAAGAGUUUUGUUUGUGGGUUUAUUCAACAGCAGAACUUAGUUUUAUCCAGAUGCAAUUCUACCAAUGCAAUGUGUAAUGAAACUCUGUUCAUCCUGUGCCUGUCUUGCAUAGUUGCAAUUAAGUGGCUUUACCUCCUCUUGAUUUGGUCUGAGGUUUAAAUAAAACGGAGUUACAGUGUUGAAAUGAGGGAUAGAAAGGGUAUUCAAGUAGAUUUUGACAAAGGUAGAUGGAUUUUUCUGAAGUAGGCGAAUUCUUGGGAUGAAACACAAACCCUCAUCUUACUCGUAACAAUAUUUUUCAGGCUUCUCUAUGUCAUAUUCCAUCUUUUUUGGGUUUUACUUGACUGCCUUGACAUUACAUGUUGAAUUUGCAACUGUCUGUAUCACUGUAUGAAUACAAUAUCCUUUCGGUUUCUCAUUGACAAUUGAUGUACAUUUGUUUUUUUGUUCUUUUUCCCUGAUUCAAUGUUGCAAUAUGCUUAUAUCAUCAAGUUUUGCUGAAUGGAAAUGCGAGUAGCGUGCAAUAAUUUGUUUGACUUAUAUGUAACAGGUUUAUGCAGAGUAUGAGUAUUCUUCUGGUUAAAGCAAAUCCAACUUCAACAUCUUCAAUCAUGUACUCAGUCUCUUAAAGAACCAACCCUCUGUUUAACCAUCUUAGGGGAAACCCAAAUAUCUCCAUCCAUGGAAACCAAAGCGCUUCACUUUCUGUCUUUAGUAUUCAUGUCUCUCCUCUCUUCAUCGUCAACCUCUUUCACUCCUACAGACAAUUACCUUCUCAAUUGUGGCUCAACCACCAAUACUUCACUUGACAACCGAGUUUUUGUUUCCGAUUCUUCAAAAUCGGGUUGGUUUGUUCUCUCAACAGCCCAAUCCAUUUCACUAACAAACCAAAACCCAUCUCCAAAUUUGCCUUCUUUGCACCAUACAGCGAGAGUUUUCACUUCUUCUUCGAGCUACAAGUUUAACAUCAAGAAGAAUGGGACUCACCUUUUACGUUUUCACUUUUCACCAUUUGCAGCUCAAACUCUUAACUUAUCCACUGCAAAGUUCAGUGUUUUUGUUAACGGCUAUAAGCUGUUGAGUGAUUUUAGUACCAAAGUUGUUGUGAUUAAAGAGUAUGUGCUGAUAUUAGACGUUGAAGUGGUUGAAAUUUUGUUUAGUCCUGUGAAUGAAUCCGGUUUUGCAUUUGUUAGUGCUAUUGAAGUUUUUUCAGCACCCCAGGAUUUUAUUGUUGAUUAUGGAGCUAGGUUGGUUAGUACUGAUAGAAUUGAAGAGUACAAGAAUCUUUCUUUGAAUGUUUUAGAGACAAUUCACAGGAUUAAUGUGGGAGGCUCGAAAUUGACACCUUUUAAUGAUACUCUCUGGCGAACUUGGAUCCCUGAUGAUGAUUUUCUUGUUCUGAAAUCAGCUGCUAAAAAAGCAGUUACCACUCAUUCUCCUAAUUAUCAGAGUGGGGGUGCCAGUGAAGAGAUUGCACCUGAUAAUGUGUAUAUGACUGCACAGGUGAUGAAUAGGGAUAAUGCAACUGUAGGUGCAAGAUUCAACAUUACAUGGGAUUUUCCGGUGGGUUCAAGUCAUGUUCAACACUUGAUUCGAAUGCAUUUUUGUGAUUUUGUUAGUACUUCACUUAAUCAGUUGUACUUUGAUGUUUACAUAAAUGAUUACUCUGCUUAUAAGGAUCUUGAUUUAUCGUCGCUUACAUUCCAUGUGUUGGCAUCUCCAAUCUACAUAGACUUCAUUGCAGAUUCUGAUGAUUCGGGAGCAAUUCGUAUUAGUAUUGGACCUUCGGAUUUAAGUACUUCUUUGAAAGUCAACGCUAUUCUGAAUGGGGUAGAGAUAAUGAAGAUGGUAAAUUUUCAUGCUUCACAUAAUAGUUCUAAGAAGACACUAAUUUGGAUUGUGUUGGGUUCAAUUCUUGGAGGCCUUGUUCUAUUGUCGUUGCUUGUAAUUGCAGUUCUGCUCAAACGUAAACGGAAGAAGAAGACACUGAAACCAAGGCGUGCAGAAAGUGCAGGAUGGACACCUUUACGGAUAUAUGGAGGCAGUUCUCGGAGUAGAAUGUCUGAAGUGACUGUCAUUGCAUCUCCUGGCCCAAAUGGUUAUCAUAGCUUGAGGUUCCCUUUUGCCGACAUACAACUAGCCACUAACAAUUUUGAUGAAAAUCUGAUUAUUGGUUCAGGCGGUUUUGGUAUGGUUUACAGAGCAGUUCUUAAAGACAACACGAAGGUUGCUGUAAAAAGAGGUGUACCAGGAUCUAGGCAGGGACUUCCAGAAUUUCAGACUGAAAUAACAGUUUUGUCUAGGAUACGUCAUCGUCAUCUUGUCUCGCUCAUUGGAUAUUGUGAAGAGCAGUCAGAAAUGAUACUUGUUUAUGAGUAUAUGGAACGGGGACCAUUGAAGAAUCAUUUGUACGGUUCAGGAUGUCCACCUUUGUCAUGGAAGCAAAGGCUUGAAAUUUGCAUUGCUGCAGCAAGAGGUCUUCACUACCUGCACACGGGUUCAACACAAGGCAUCAUUCAUCGUGAUAUUAAGUCGACAAAUAUUUUGCUUGACCAGAAUUAUGUAGCCAAAGUUGCUGAUUUUGGCCUUUCAAGGUCAGGUCCAUGUCUCAAUGAGACUCAUGUAAGCACUGGUGUUAAAGGUAGUUUUGGGUAUUUGGAUCCAGAAUAUUUUCGUAGACAACAGCUUACAGAUAAGUCUGAUGUUUAUUCAUUUGGAGUUGUGCUUUUUGAAGUACUUUGUGCUAGACCUGCCGUUGACCCAUUGCUUGCCAGGGAGCAAGUAAAUUUAGCUGAAUGGGCAAUGCAAUGGCAGAAAAAGGGCAUGCUUGAGAAAAUAAUCGAUCCGCAUCUUAUCGGACAAAUUAGUCAAAGCUCUCUGAAGAAAUAUGGAGAAAUUGCAGAGAAAUGUCUGGCUGACUAUGGCGUUGAUAGGCCAACUAUGGGAGAUGUGUUAUGGAACUUGGAAUAUGUACUUCAACUCGCAGAAUCCGGACCAUCGAGAGAAACGUGCGAGGACAGGAAUGCAAAUGCACAAGAACUCGCAUCAUCUUCUUCCAUGGUGGCUCAAUGUUCGUCGAGCAAUGCUGAUACUGAAAGAGAUGAUGAUGGUAAUGGUGGCUCAGACAUAUCAACAAGCAAAGUGUUUUCCCAGUUGAUGACCAAUGAAGGGAGAUAGUUUUAAAUAUAGAAUACACAUCUGAUAAUGUGAAAUACUCUUAUCAGGCCUUAUACUAUUCUCAGGAAUUCUUUGAAAUGAUUCUGGAGGUACAAAUCUAACCAUUCUUUGUAUGAUUUCGUUCAGAAUUUGUUCCCACAGCCAAGGACAAAGUUAGUUUUCUGUAUAAAUCUAAAGCUGGUUCUCCAAAAUAACCAGACAGACCAGCUUUGGUACGAGGAUCUUGUUGAUGCUAUACUAUGUAUAAUUAUUUAAGCACUCCAAAUAUUGCCUUUUUUAUGUGUGCUUUAAAUAUAGGAAAGAGAAUUUUAUUUGUA